ACUUCAUUUCCCACACCUUCGUCUACACCAGAAGAAAAAGAAAAGGAAAGAAAAGAAGAGAAAACUGUGGAAGAAGAAAGGUGCUUGAGAAACAGAUCAAAUCCUUUUCCUUAACCUUCACGCCUUCAUUUAUCUCUCUUCACCACUCUUUCAUCUUCUUCCUUCUUUCUCUCUCUCUCUCUUUCACUUCUCAUAAAAACCUCUGUUUUUACAGUCUCUGUUUUCUAUGCAUUUAAAGCGCACAGUCCACGCGCCUCUCUUUCCAUUGACUCUUUCCCUUUUCUUCAUCACCGCACUCUUUUUCUUUCUUUAAAUUCCCACCUCAUCUUCCCAACAUUUUCUCACUGGGACACAAAACAGAGCAUUCACAGAUUCAAGAAACAGGGGAGAUAAAAGGAAAAAGCCUGAGGUUCCAUUAUUUUUUUUAAAGUUUUCUCUUUUUCUUUCACUUUCUUUCUCUUUCUUGGAAUUUCCAACAUGGGUUAUUUUAAACAACAAGAAAAUAUGUUGAAGCAAGUGUGGGUUCAUGGACCUAUCAUAGUAGGUGCUGGACCAUCUGGUUUAGCUGCUGCAGCUUGCCUCUCUCAACAAGGUGUCCCUAGUUUGAUUCUUGAGAAAACUAACUGUAUAGCUUCCCUUUGGCAACAGAGAACAUAUGAUCGCCUCAAACUUCAUCUUCCCAAACACUUCUGUGAACUUCCACUUCUUGGGUUUCCUGAUAACUUCCCCAAGUACCCAACAAAGCAUCAAUUCAUCUCCUACCUUGAAUCCUACGCUCUACACUUCUCAAUCCAACCCAAGUUCAAGCAAGCCGUUCAAGAAGCUGAAUUUGAUAACGUUACUGGGUUUUGGAGGGUGCAAACUCAAGAUCAAGAAUACUUUUCUCGCUGGCUCAUUGUGGCCACUGGUGAAAAUGCUGAGCCUUUAAUACCAGACAUAGUUGGAAUGGAGAAGUUCAAUGGUCCUAUUAUUCAUACCAGUGUUUACAAGUCUGGUUCUGAGUUCAAGAACCAGAGAGUCUUAGUUGUGGGCUGUGGCAAUUCUGGCAUGGAAGUAAGCUUAGACCUCUGUAGAUACAAUGCAGUCCCUCACCUGGUUGUUAGAAACAACGUUCACAUACUGCCUAGAGAAACAUUUGGGAUGUCAACUUUCGGAAUAGCCAUGGCGCUUCUAAAGUGGUUCCCUCUAAAGCUAGUUGACAAGUUCUUAUUAUCAGUGGCCAACUUCACUUUAGGCAACACUGAUAAAUUAGGACUUCGGCGGCCGGAUACUGGUCCAAUACUGCUAAAAAAUGUCACCGGAAAGACUCCAGUACUGGACGUGGGUGCAUUGUCUCUAAUAAGAUCAGGCAAAAUCAAGGUAAUGGAGGGAGUUAAAGAGAUAACAAGAAAUGGAGUAAAAUUUGUGGAUGGACAAGACAAGGAGUUUGAUUCUAUAAUCCUAGCAACUGGGUACAAGAGCAACGUGCCUACUUGGCUGAAGGGGUGUGAUUUUUUCACCGUUGAUGGUAUGCCUAAAACGCCGUUCCCUAACGGAUGGAAGGGAGAUAAUGGAUUAUAUAGUGUUGGAUUUACUAGGAGAGGGCUCUUGGGAACGGCUUCUGACGCUGUUAAAGUUGCACAACAUAUAGCUGAGCAAUGGAGGACAAUCAAGGACUGCUGUAAAUCUUGUAAUUUCCAUGUUAUCCAACUUGGAAAAUCAUAGUAACUGUCUGGAGCAGGGAAAAAAAAUAACAGCAAAAAUAAGAAAAGAUGAAAUUUUGGGUAAAUUUCAUAGUGUAGAUUUUCAUUUCAUUGCUCAACAUCUUUACCAAGUAGGAGUAAUUUUAAAUUUCUUUUUUUCUUUUUUGGGCUUUUUUUUCCUAUUUCGGGUCUUGUAAAUAAACCAAUUUUGUAUAAUGAACGGUUAAUAUCCACUUCUCCUGUAU